AUGGUAAGAAGAUUACGACAGCUAAGAGCCUCGGAUGAUUCGGAGCCUGAAGAGAUAAGUGCCCUCUUGGCGAAUAUGAACAAUUUAGCAUCCGAAAUCGCGCGUUCCAUUCUAAAAAAUGGUCGUAAUUAUCUUCCUGAGACUGUCGAAGAUAUUCCCAUCCGCCGACUUGACUUGGACCGGGAUCCAACGUUCAAACAAUUGGAGUUGCAGCGCACUAUCCUUCAUCUAACCGACCCGAAACCCAAUAUGAAGCGAAUUGCCGAACUUGACGAUGCACUUUUGGAACGCGCUGAAGAAAUGGCUCGCGAUCUCAAAUUGAAGGAUUACGAAGGACUGAAUCCCAAUCCGCAUGGCAUCCCGUUGAAGUUGCUUGAUCCGCACCGGGAUCCCAACUUUUCCAAUAUGGUUGAGGAGAAGGAAAAGAUGGGAAAAUUGCGGAAGCAGGAGUUGGUGGCUCCCAUCUUGCGCUCUCUUAACGAGCUCACAGAGCGCCUAGCGACCCGUCUGGUGAGAGGAGAUCGCGCGUAUUUGUCGCCCGAGCCGGGCGACAUUCCUCUUCAUGAGCUUCCGCUUGAUACCGACGACGCGUUUCGGGAGAUGGAGGUGGAGCGGGCGGUGCUGAAGGCGCGCGAUCCGAUAGGGAACGCCCCCAAGAUCGAGGAGCUGGAGAGGCGGCUGAAUGAGCGAGCCUACAAGCUAUCACUCGAGUAUCUAGCCAAGGACCGUGGGUACCUGGAUCCAUGUCCGGAGGGAGUACCACUUGAGAUUCUUCCCUUAGAUACCGAUGUUAGGUUUCACCAAAUGGAGGUAAAGCGGGCAAAGCUAAAGAUGCGGGAUGCGCUAAUUGAUGCUGACAUGAUAAGUGUUCUGGAGAAGAGUCUUAACUAUCGGGCCGCGGAACUCGCAAGAAAGCAAAUGCAGGAUGACUUGGAGGGAUUGGAUAAGGAGCCAGAAGGUUAUCCCAUUGAAUACCUUCAUCCUCAUCAUCACGGAUCGGUUGCGUCUUUGAUGCCGGAUCUGCGCAAUGCGAAACAGCAGAAUGAUACGCGAACGGUUAGCCACAUUCACGAAAAACUUAACAAAUUGUUGAAACAAAUAGCCAAACAACAGAUUAUCGAGGAUCGCGCCUUCCUAGAUCGUACUCCAGAGGGUAUUCCGAUUGAGCUGCUUGACCUUGAUGGCGACUCAGUCUUCCGAGAGGCAGAGAAAAACGCCCGAGCCCUUCAGUCGUUAAAGACGCGCCAAAGUGCAAAGGGAGGCAGGUCAAAGAACAUUGGUAACGAAGGAGUUCUGAAGGAACGAAAGACUCUCAUGAAUAAUCGGGUCCAUGAAAUGGCGAAGGAGUUAAUUGAAAGAAAUCGCAGCUUUUUGAAAGCAACUGUUGAGGGUGUUCCUGUAAGUGAAAUUCCUUUGGAUGAUGAUCCCCAAUUCCGAGAACUUGAGAUCAAGCGCUUACGCUUGUUGCUUUCCGACCGAGAUGCCAAUCGCGAUGUAACGAAUUCAAGGCAGGGGCAACUAAUGGAUUUGGAGGAAAAAUUAAUGAGUCGCGCGUGUGAGCUCGCAAAGGGCGUUAAGCAUAGAAAUCGCAGCUUCCUCCGUCCAACCUCAUUUGGCAUGCCGUGGGAGCUACUGCCCUUGGAUUCUGAUAAAAUAUUCGUCGCCACGGAAAAGGAAUUGAGGCAGCUUUUGAAGAGCUCCAAUUCCUCUAAUUCAGUAAUACCACUUCAGGAUGCUCUUCAGAAGCGUGCCGACCAGUUGGGUGAGGAGAUGGUCGUAGGCCAGCGUGCGAAAUAUCUCGACCUGUUUGAUCUCAAGGUUGAAAUUGAGGAUCUUGACCUCGACAAGGAUGAGGAGUAUACGGCCAUGGAGCUGCGGCACGCGAUUUUAUUAGCUGAGGACCCUUACAAAAACCAGGAGGAGAUUCAUGGCCUAGAACAUAAGCUGAACGAACGGGCCCAUGUUUUAGCCAGAAAGCUUAUCCAUGCGGAUCGGGCAUUUUUGCCAAAGGAUUUCUUUUCUAUCCCAACCGAGGAUCUUCCUUUGGAUGAGUGCGAGGCGUAUAUAAAAUUGGAGCGACAGUACCGCGCACAUCGACGGGCGAAGAAGACCGAUCUGCUUCCUUCAGAUGAGGAGCGAAUGAAGGCCUGUGUGCGGGAGUUGGCUGCCCAGGUUCUUGAGCAAGACCUGAGUUGCUUGAAGGAUUCCUACCGUGGGAUCCCCAAGAAAGAACUUCAUUUGCCCGAAGACCCGGAGUUUCGUUCUCUAGCGUGUCGCCGUCGCAAGUUCCUAUGGGGAAAAGUCAAUAUGAACACGUCUGAGGUGGCAUCUAUCGAGAAGAUGAUGGAUAAAUGCGCGUCGGAUAUCGCAGACGACAUCAUCGUGAAAGAGCUUGCCUUUUUGGACCGCGAGCCGGAGGGUAUGAUGCUCGACGAUGUGCCCCUCGAUAACGAUCCCGUUUUCUUGCGCCUAGAGGCAGAGUACCGCCGCCGCUCAACUGAUUCACGUUUGACAUCUCAAAACAGGGAAGCGCUGAGGGAGCUUCAGAUCGAGAUGAAUCAACGUUCUCACGCUUUGGCGGCCGCCGAGUUCGCGAAGCGGCGUGUAUUCAUGAAUCAAGAACCGGAAGGCAUUCCUUUGUCAGAACUUUGCCUGGACGGGGACCCUGAGUUCAAGAGUGCCGAGAUCUUAAACUACCGAAACCAACGUCUGGAGUCUCCGAGGGAUAAUGUUGAUGCGGAGACACGGAAGCGCAUGAAUGAGCGAGCCCACGAACUCGCUCUUGCACUGAUAUCCGCGGACCGCGCCUUUUUGGAUCCAGAGCCGGAAGGCAUCCCACUCAAAGAGUUACCACUCGAGGAGGAUCACGUGUUCCGAGAGCUCGCCAUCGAACGACGACGCCUUAUGAAAUCCCAGCGCCAGGGGAACCCUAACGCGAACUAUAAAAAUAUCGAGCAAAAGAUGAACCUGCGGGUCCACGAGCUGGCACAUCGCUUUCUCGCGUCAGAGCGCGAAUUCCUCGAUCCAAAGCCGGAGGGCGUACCGUUAGCGGAUCUCCCGCUGAACUCGAGCGCCCCAUUCUGCCUUCUCGAAAAGGAGCGCCGGAUGAUGAAGUGGCAACCUAACUGUGAUCCAACGCGGCUCGCCGCCAUCGAGGCGGAUCUGAAUGAGAUGGCUCGCAAGAUUGCACUUUCCCUGCUGUCGAAGGAGCGUAUGUUUCUGAACCCGGAGCCGAUGGGGGUCCAGCUUGAGGAGCUCCCUCUAAACAACGAUGAGAUCCUAAACCCGAUGGAACACGAACGACGAAUUCUCCUCAGGGAUCCUAAGUCCAACAAGGCCGCCCUCAACGAGCUGGAGGACGCAAUCACAGAGCGGGUUAAUUCGAUCGCGGAUCUUUAUCUUCAAACUGAACGAGAGUUCCUGGACCCGGAGCCUGAAGGGGUGCCGCUGAAGUACCUCCCAUUAACUACAGACCAACAGUUUCACAAUAUGGAAUUGCAAUACCGCAAGCUGCGCCGCGCUCAUGACCCUGAAAAGUUGGAGGCUGCUGAAAAAUUGAAAAAGAAGAUGAAGACUCGAACGCACGAAUUGGCUAAAGAUUUGGUGAAUAAGGGGCGAUCUUUCUUAGAUCCCGAGCCGCUUGGUGUGCCCAUCGCCGAUCUUCCUCUGAAUUACGACGAGAACUUUCGCAAACUAGAAGAACAGCGGCGUGCCUUAAAGGAAAGUGAUCCAACCAAUGCGAAUGCUAUCAAGAAUGUCGAGGCUCUUCUUAAAAAGCGUACCUACAAGUUAGCCGCUAAGCUACAUAGGCAGGAGCGCUCCACGAUGAACCCGGCGCCGCUUGGCAUCCCGCUUGAAGAUCUUCCGCUCGAUGAAGAUCGUCAGAUUCUUGAGCUUGAGCGCACACGUCGCCACCUGCUCAAGAACCUGGAUCCUAGAGGUAGUUCAGUUGCCGUUAAUGAUGUUGAGGAGGCUUUAAAUCAUCGUGCGAUGGAACUCGCAUCAAAGGCAUUGAAUGAGAGUCGUGAACGCCUUGACCAGACACCCUACGGCGUCCCCAUAGAGGACCUGGAUCUCAGCACGGAUCCAAAGUUUCACAGCCUGGAGCUGGAGCUAUACAACGCUAAAAAGCGUGAUGAAAGCCCGGCGGAUAUUACCGCACUAUAUGGAAAAAUGUCAGACCGGAUCUAUGAGAUGGCGAAUGACUUUGUUACAAAAGAACGCUACUACCUGGAUCCAGAACCUUCGGGCAUUCCACUCUCGGAGCUGCCGCUGAACACGGACCCUCUCUUUCUUAAGAUGGAGCAGGAGCUUCGUUGGUUGGUGCGGAAUAAAGAUAAUACAGGUCGUGCGGAUGCCUUAAGGCAGCGCAUCCAGAAGCGAGUCCACGAGCUUGCGCUGGAGAUCUAUGGUUGGCAGGAUGUUGAGUUUCACGAGGCCAACAAGCACGUCGCCCCGAAGUGGCCUCGAAUUGGGGAGUUAUUCCCAGGGGCUCGUCAGGCGUACUUGAUUCCCAGGACGUUUAGCCCCUCAGACGUGUCGUCUUCACCUCAAGGCUCCGGCUAUAUUGCACCCUUUAUUGCGGCACUCGCGCGCUACCCAACGUUGUUGUUGCGUCUCUUCGAAAUCCAAACACAGCCUAAUAAUUCGGUCUAUACUUUCACCUUUUUUGACUACGACAGCAAUCCUGUUUAUAUAAGUGUUGAUGAUCGUAUACCGUGUAACGAAGAUAAUGUGCCUUUGUUCGUGCAGUCACCAAAAGAUUUGAUGUAUCCGCUCCUUCUGGAGAAAGCCUAUGCUAAGUUUGUCGGUGGCUACGAAGCCUUGAAAAGUUGCUCAGCACAGGAAACCAUACGGGACCUUACUGGGCGCCCUGUGGUGCUUACCCCACUAGAACCUCAGUUAGCUAGUGUGAUCAAUAUUGGUGAUUACGAGUCGGUCGAUUUUUGGCAUAUCGUUAUGGAGGACUUAGCCAGUGGAAAUAUCAUCUUGUGCUUGUCGAAAGCCGAGAUUGGUGAACUCGAUGGCAUUCACCCGAUGUGCUACUACCCACUAGUAGAUGUAAUUAAAACGAUAAAGACGAGCGAUAACCCUGCUGACAUCAUAGUGAAGAUCUGCAACAUCUACCACACCUAUGGCAUGCAGUACAACGGUCCACUUAACGCAUCGGACAUAAACUGGAACCAAAGUCUACGGCGCAUCUGUAAGUAUGAUCCCCAGAACGACACCAAUGUUAUAUGCAUGCCAUUGCCAGUAUUUCUUCGAAACUUCACCAGUCUGUGCAACUGCUACAUUAACUGUGGGACACGAAUGACCAUAGAGGGUGCGUGGGACCGGCACACCGCUGGGGGUAAUCCAUCCGUAUCCUCCUUCCGUAACAACCCGAUUUUCAUUCUGGAAAAGAAGGCUACGCAGCCGGCAAUGGUGUUGGUUGAACUGCGUCGGCGUGAACCCUCAUGGAUCGACCUUGAGGGCACCAAACACUAUUCAGAGGCCAGCGUUGCACUUUUGCAACCUGUGAACCCCAACGCGCCCCCAACUCCGCUCAUCACCAACAGCACCCACUCAUUUGUGCAGAGGGGCAUGAUGAUGGAUACGCGGGAUGUGUGCAUGUUAAUGGAGCUUCCUCAAACCUCCAUCUCUUACCUUAUUCCCUAUACCAUGAAUGCAGGCCAAAUGAGUAGUUUCAGUCUCUCCGUGUACUCGGACCGCACAAAGGUGAGCCUUCAGCCGCUAAAAUUCCCCGGCCUCUCUCGCACGCCCACGUCCAUUCAGGUGGUUCUUUCUCCCGGUGGGGAUGCUCUUCGGAUUGAUUUCACCGUGAGCGCACCAGGGGAAGUGCACGUUCUCCUGCGCCAAGAGAAGAUCACAGAGGUGAUAUCCGUGAAUAAUAGCGACAUUGUUGGUGAAGACUGUGUCUCGAUGACGGCAUUCACGGAGGGUGGGUUCAAGAUUGCCAGUUCCGGAGAGCCAACUAACGCCAGGGAGCACUCCAUGGUGCUCAAGAUUCCGGAAGCUGGUCGAUAUGCGGUGCUGUUGAACUCACCCAACGCGCCUACAACGGGCAGUUGCCCCUGUUUGCUUUCCCUUUUCACGUUCAAGUGGAUCACAAUCAAGUUUGUGCCGACUGGCGUCGACGUGAGGCCUCUGAAACUUGGCCGACAUUCCGUUCUUCCUAAACUCUCGUCCAGCGGCACUUACCCUGCACCUCAGUCCCUAAGAGCGGCUCCGGGGAAUGACAGUCAGACGUGUCCACUACCCUCAAUCGAACGGCAACGAACUUAUUCAGUGCAUCGCUUUCGGCAAUAG